AUGUCGUCGGGAGGAGUCGGCGACCGAAUCAUUAAGUUCUUGGGCUUGAAGUCGACGUCCAACCCGUCUGUGGCGAGUGUCUGCGGCGGCGCUCAUUGUCAACAACAGGACCACCAAAAUGGUUGUCCGCUUCAACACAGCAGCGGAAGCGGUGGACACGACAUGAGACACAUACACGAAGAGCAGAUCGAGUACCAGUUGACGAACGAACAGAAGUUUGGUUUGUGUCGCAAAGCAAACAUCGCCGACAGAAUGAAGACCAUCAGAGACUUGGAGGAAGAGGUCCGCUAUAAGCGACUCGUCGACUACGCUGUCAAGUGUAUUAUCAACGAAACAAUGGAUCUGUUAGACGAUAACCAGCCGCCGGACGUUCGCCACACUGUAUGGAAAUUUUACAAGCAUUUGGUCGCCGGACAGUACGACAAACUCAAAGAGUUGAGACCAUUGUUAUGGGAUUUGGUCGCAAAUAAAGACAAAGGCGAUGAAGACAUACCCUUAAGAAUGGAUGUAUUGAUUGCGAUGACAAACAACGGCAAGAAUCACGAGAGCUUUGAGACGAAAAUCGGUCGGUUUGUCAUCCAAUGCUUCGACAAAAUGACCGCAAAUCCCAAAACCUCUGCAGAAUUUCUCACAUUUAUAGUGAAUUUAAUAAAAUUCAAUUCAGUAUAUUUGGAUCAGAAGAUAAUGGCAGACAUUAUCAAUAGGAUCUGUCAUCUAAUGGCAAGAGUGACCACCAAUGAGGAGACGUCAAUAGCUAUCUAUCACAUAAUGGACGCGAUUCUCGUCAAAUCAAUGCUUCCGACGAUAUGUUUGACACAAUUUGUGAUCGUUUUGUGUAAAGGAGUAAACAAUACAUCGUUUAACGCGUUAUGCGUGGAUAUCAUGCGAAACAUAUUGUCUUCACAUUUGGGCCAUUCAUGUAUCGAGACUUUGAGGUAUAUAUUGAAUGAUGAGACCAAUUAUGAGGACACGUCUCUAAUGAGAGGAGCCGUGCAUUUCGUCACCCGUUCCCUAUGGGAUCCGAUCCGUAUCGAGAACCUCAAACACAGCCCAAACUCAAUACUUCCGGCCUUUAAGAGUGCCCUUCAGUGCAAACACCAAUCGGUAGCUCUCGAGAUGUCUGUCGCGUUGAUCGCAUUGGUCGACAGCCAGAAGCACAUUGAAAGCGAAGUGACGUGGGAUCUGAUGCUAGAAAUCAUGGACAACAUUGUGUCGAAUUACGAGAUUACGGGCCAACAAUCGGGCCACGAGUUGAGCCAAACAUUUCAUCGAUUGCUUGAUGUGGUGGAAGAGCUGAACGAGAAGAAGCAAUUUUUUGGCGAUUCAAACAAAUUGUUUGACAUUUUGGAAAAGUGUUCACCGCAUCGAUCCGUAAGUGAACAGUCGGGAAAACGUGUGAUUCAAUACAGGGUUCAGUCAAUCACUGCGGAUAAAGACAAUUGGAUUGAAUCGUUGAAACAUUUAAUGGAUAUUUAUUAUAAGGGAGAGAAGCGGACGUUCAUUCGCAUCGAGGCGUUGAAUAUAUUGAGCGAAUUUAUGCGACAAUACCGGUAUAUCCAUGAGGAGAUUCUUUUGGAGACAAUAAUAAUUCCGUAUUUAAAUCAUAUCGAAAACGAUUUGGAUGUUGAGUGUCGUGUGAGAGGAGUCCAGUUUCUGGUGGAUUUGGUGUCCGACAGCAAUAGUGCCAAACGAUGUGCUGAAAUACUUGAGAUUCUCGAUAGAGUGUGCAAACGAUUGUUUGAUUCGAGUCACGCGAUCGCUGGCAACACAACUGGCAGUCCGAGUGAUGCUGAAGGGAAGGACAUAAAGAUAGCCAUUCGGGGACUCAUCUCGUUGUUUAAGACAAAGCUGUUCUCGUUUCCGGGCUCUGCAGCCAUUCAAACGUUUAAAAUAAUAUUAAGUCAAUUGUCGGCUCAUUACUCGAACGCCGACUAUAAUUCAAAUCUCGGACAAAUUGGUUCAAUCGUCAAACAAGAGAUAUUCGAUCUCCUGUUGAACAUUAGGGCCAACUCUAAGGGACAAAUCGGUGUCUAUCAGCGAAUCAAUCCCUCAAAAUCAGAUAAUACUCCAAAGUAUAGCCUAUUCAUUGUCUGCGAGCGCAAUGAAUUGAGUCCCAACGCUAGUACAGCCGCCUCUCCAGUCGUAAGCGCCACAACACAGACCUCCAAUCCGUUAUCUCCGCCGCCGAGUCCUAUACUUCAUUCAGUCAAUACAAACGCAAACAAUUUGUGGACUCUUUCCUUCAAUGAUAUGUUUAGAGUACUCGCCAUCUGUUUAAAGACUGAAAAAGAUUGGACUGUUUUAAGCCUUGUUCUCAAAGCUUUGCCAAAAUUUCUUAAAAACAAAGCCAUUAUUCUAUCGGGAAGUGCACACAUCGCCACUGAUUUGUGUACCGCUCUCUGCUAUCUCAUUAGCGAUACGUCGACCAAAUUGAAUGAAUUUCAAUCGAAAGGCCAAAACCUAUCGAAAGCGGAGUUUCAGUCAACGGUCUAUCCCUGUCUCUCAGCCCUCGUUGGCUAUCAAAGCGAACUUGAAUUCAGACAACAAUGUUCAAUAAUCAAAUAUUUACAAAACGGGUUGGUUUUAGUGUCCGGACGGACAAGUGUUUUACGGCAAAACAUUCUGUCGCUAACUAUAUGUGCGGUCGAAAUGCAAGAAGCGAUGACCAAGUGUUUGCCGGACACACUAUUAAGUCUUUCUAAGAUAUCGGCAACAGUUCCCCUCUCUAUACCCAAAUUGGAGUUCUUGUCCAACGUUAUACUUCUAUCACAUCUGUACCAGAGUUUCACAAUGGAUCAGUACAUGAGUGUCUUUGCAAUAGCCCUCCCCUAUACUAACCCUUUUAAAUUUAACGAUUACACGGUUGCGUUAGCCCAUAGAGUGAUCGCAAUGUGGUUUCUUAAAUGUCGACUUCCAUGUCGUAAAUCAAUUGUUCCCUUUAUUAUCAAAGGAUUACAAACGAAUGUAAUGUCGGAUGAGAUGAAUCCGCAUCCGAACCAAUACAUAGACGCACAACGUUUGAGAAGCAGUUCUUUGAAUACCGACCAAUCAUUAGCCCAUAAAAAAUUGGAGGCGCGUCUGUCGUUGCAGUCAUCGCCACCCCCUCUGCCCUCAACGCCCCACUCAUCGCAUUCACACUUUUCAUUUUCCUUUAGCAGUGACGCUAUAGCCCAACACAACCAACACUCACCGCAACCGCUGACCACCACUACCAGCAUCUGUGAGAACGAGUUCCAGGAGUUGCGCCACGAGUUGGUCGAGACCUGUAUGGAUAUGUUGGCCUCUUAUACGUUCGGUAUGUGCUCUACAGUGCCAUUGAAGUCACCAAUGGUUGAGCCACUUCUCGACCGAUCCAAGAGUGAGACCUGGAUUAUGGGCCAUAAGUUGGUUACCAUCACAACCAGCGGUUGCGGCUCUCGUGCCGUCUCUAACGGACUCUGCGAUAAAUGUCUGAAUAUGUGUCGAAAUAGUGAUAAUUCAGACAACAGUUCAAACGAAGACAUUCAACGCAACAGUAAUGAUGUGUUCCAAAAGUUGUCCGAAUUGAAGAACAACAGAUCGGAAUCGGUUAACACCACUGACAGCGACAAACUGGUCCGACGCCGACACCAGUCGGACAUGGGUUUGGUUCGUCGGCCGCAGUCUUCCAAACCAAAGUCUUCGGCGUUCGACGACUCGUGUCUCACGCGUCCCAUACAGAGAACCAAUUCGUUGCCGAAGAAUGCGACCACUCUUUGCAAUUGUUGGUGUCAGGGAUGGGCAGAGAUUACGAUCCGUCGGUCCACUGGUGUCAGUUCGUGGAUCGUUCGGCUCCAGAACUCGUUGGGAAACAUCCCUUAUUCGUCGUCACCGCCGGACGAUUUGCCCGAUUUGACGGCACUUUUGAGGCCCAACAACAGGACACGCGAGCCGUCUGUGGAGGACUCGAUCGGUGCCAUCGAAUGCGACUCUAAUCGUAACAGUUUUGAUGUGAACGAAAUCGAAAACGAUUCGGUCUUCAAGAGAGUCACUUCCAGCCCUUAUAUGAUGACCGACAGCAACAAUACCUCUCCGGCGAUACACUCGUUGAACAACAGUUCGCCGCUAACUCUUAGCCAACCGAAUGGCGCCGAAAAGAGUCUCACAUUCAGACCGAUAGAGCCGUCGCCGCCGACACACGCGUCGCGCGCGAGUCCUUUACAACCGGUGACCAGAGCUCAGUCUUUUGGCAGCAAAGGUCGAGUCGAUUACAGACAACGACUCAUUGAGAGACACGACUUUCGCAGCAAUGACUUGGAAUCUAAUGAUCUUCAGCGCCACUCACGAGAACAUACGGAACACAAGUCCCGAACACCGGUUCCCAUUCGGAUCAAUGAGGCGGAGAACAUGUCCGGACCCAGAGAUAGAGUGCACACCAUAUCAGUGAUGAGUCCCGUAAACGCAAACAUCAAUAGACGGCUAAAUAAAGAUCACGAUUCCUCGUAUUCAAUGCCCAAAUCGAGCGGUUUGUGUCCGAAGUUUGUAUUCCUUCAGCUCUAUUACAACUCUAUGUUUGACGACAAGUGUCACGAAAUGCGUGUCAAUAAAGACAUGGAUUUGUAUGAGAAAACCAAACCAAUACUUCUGCCCAAAAACGAGGCCAUCGAUCGGUCGCUGAAGAAUUUGGACCGAAUCACGCCAUACGAGACGCAUAAGAUCGGUGUCCUAUACGUCGGCGCCGGACAGGCGAAGGACAAGACGGCGAUUCUGUCGAAUCCGUUCGGCUCUUUGCGAUACAUUAAGUUUUUGCGGGGUUUGGGAAAAAUGAUUCGCUUAGAAGACGCCGACUCUCAGGUGUCAUACGUUGGAGGUCUGGAUGUGAAGGGCGGUCACGACGGCAAGUACGCGGUCGCCUGGGAGGACAGUCUCAUUCAAGUGAUCUUUCAUGUGGCAACUCUUAUGCCCACCAAAUCAGACACCGAUCCUAAUUGUAAUAACAAGAAGCGACACAUUGGCAACGAUGCCGUCUGUGUUGUCUAUAACGAGAGCGGAUCCUCAGUCAACAUAUCCACUAUUAAGGGCGACGGACAGUGUAUUCAAGCGAUUGUAGUCAUCACUCCAUUUGAAUACAAUAGUAAUUUGGUUACUAUUCAAGCAAAAGAUGAUUUCCUAAAUCUUAUCCAACACUUUGAUUCGCAAAUGCUUUCGGAUAACGCUUUACCGGUAUUUGUCCGACAACUGGCACUUCACGCAAAUCUGGGAUCGAUGGUAUACAACGGGACGCCUUCGGCCACAACUACUCAACACGUUUCAAAUUGGGUACAAAGACUAAAGCAAAUCAAACGCAUCCGACAGCGAGUGACCAAUAAGUCGGCCACCGAUACGUCGGUUCGACUCCACACCGACUCUAACGACGACUCCAACUCCGGAUUGAAUCCACAAACGGGUGAUAUUAAGUGGCAAUACAUGUUCCCAGACUUCAACGAUUAUUCGUAAGGAAAAAGUACACAAAAAUACAAUAAAAAGAAACAAAAAAUACAUUUUAAUUAAGAAUUUGUUAUAAAAAUAAAGGGAAUAUAAGAAUUUUAUUUGUCUUAAAAAUUAUAAUAAAAGCCAAUAAUAUUUUAUGACUUUUUGCUAACAAAUUAAUAGA